AUGACAACCACCAAACCAAAGGCCAAAACGGCCCACGUCAACAUGAUGACCGACACGAUAAUCGGCAACCUGCCGCUUGACGGGUUACAGAGCAUAAUGCGCAAUCUCCUUACGACACAGCCAGGCUUGACACCGAUUUUCGAAGAGCAGACGCGGAAUUAUCUAUAUGAGACAGCGCACAAGCUCAGCAGGGCUGCAAACAGUGCCCUGGAUACAGAGGCCUUCUUUGCAAGCUUGAGAAAGCGCAUCUGUUGUAUGGUGGGGUGUGGACUGUGCUAUCAAGCUUUGCCGUUGUUACAUGAAGUUGUUGAGAGAGUUGCAUCGUUGAAUGCCAUUGAAGCAGAGGAGUAUCGAGGUGAAAUUGCGGCCGUUGACGGUGAUAUUGUGCAAGCUCUUACUGCAAUCCAGAAGACAUUGCUUGUGCCAACAGGGUCUCGAGACCUGACGGACGAAGAAGCACGGCCACUCCAAGACCUCCGAAGUGCACUGCUAGCAUGCCGUGAAUCCUACCACACCAAGGGACAGGCGUUUCUAUUAGAGCGAGGCCUCGAUGCCACAAUCCAACUGCUUGACCCUUCAGCUACUUCACAAACAACGACCACUGUCCAAUCGACCCUUCCACCCGAGCUCCCGCCUACUCCCAUCACCGAAUCAUUCACCCUGAACGACACCAUCCAGCUCCCCCGUAUCUUCACCGGGCUGUGGCAACUCUCCAGCCCAGCUUGGGGCUCAGCAUCGCGCUCAAAGAUGAUGGAGCAAUUCUCCAGUUAUGUCAGCCGUGGCUUCACGGCGUUCGAUAUGGCGGAUCACUAUGGGGACGCGGAGAUUAUCUUCGGCCGAUAUCGUUCAUCAAGCGCAUACUCCAACUCAAUGUUCGCCGCGACGAAGUACUGCGUCUUCCACCCCAUGGCCGUGUCCGAGGAAGCCGUGCGCGCGAAUGUCACGGAAAGGUGUCGAAGACUGAAUAUGGAGAAGAUUGAUUUGCUGCAGUUUCAUUGGCAGUUUGUAUGUUCUCCUGCUUCCAAGUAA